UCUUUUCUUUUUUUUUUUUCAAGAAUCACAAAGAAAGUAGGACAGUUAGAAACGGUUUUUGUUGAAAGAACGGGUAUAUACAAGAAACGGUGGCACGAUAUGAUUGAAUAUACCCUGUUACAAUAUUGAUCUCGUUGAGAUUUCAUCAUCCUCCAAAUCCCAACCGUAUAGAAACGUCUAAACUGCAGUAAUUUUCUUACCUUUCCACCACGCGUAAAGGGGAUGUCUUUGAUGGAUAACAUGGUGGUGGAUCCUAUAAAGAAUGCGUACGAUGAUCUCGUGAAUGCAGCCACGGCGGUGCUGGAGGCGAAGCAGAGCUGCAAAGGGCAAAAGACGACGGCGGAGGUCGACGCCGCGCUGGAGAAGUUCAGGGAGCGUUGGGAUUCUUUCCAGUGCGUCUGCGACGGAGCGCAAGAGUUUCUCGAAUGUGUGAGGAGUAGCAUGGGGAGUAACGCGUCACUGAUCGAUGAAUCCGGCCACAACGUCGCCGGAAGGUUGGAACAUGUUCUGUCCGCCGGUCCGGCGGCUUCCCAGACCGGUUUGGUUCAAACAGAUAAUGAACAAACAGCCAAGGAUUGAAGUCUGGUUUUUUUGUUCUGCUGCAGAUUUUGUUUUAGAUUGGUUCUGAGAUUAGAAAUUUCCAAUGCACAUAU